AUGGCUCUGUUGAGAUCACUGGCAGUCCUGGCCAUGACAGCUUCGGUUGCCAAAGCCGCCAACCCAACAACCUCCGAAGACAUGGGACCUGCAGCCUUUAUGUGGCCGGAAGACAGAGUUGCCCUUGUCGAUCAAAAGGAAGCCUAUAGCGUCGAACUCAGUAUUUUGUACGAUAACGGUUUGUUGUCCCUCUGCAUCAUCUUAAAUAAAGCACAUCAAAUUUCAAGAGCCAAUGUCUUUGCUCCAGACCCCAAGGAAGAAAAUGACUUCAAAACACUUAUAAAGCCCGAGGCCAUGGCUGAGUUGGACAAGGGCCACACUUGCGUGAACCUCAAGAAUUCACCAUCCUUCGUUAAGCCUGGAUCGAACGCCACUUUACAGAUCAAAUACGUAGCCAGCUUUGACAAGCCCGAGAACGAGACGUUUUACGCGUGUGCUGACAUCACCUAUGUCGAGUUUGCCAACUUCAAGGAAAAGGUUCCGUGCUUCAACGCCAUGGUGCCUGAUGACAGCAAGAAGGAUACCCCUGAGCCCACAUCCGAUGCGUCCAAGAACUCAGACUCUACAAAUUCCGGUCUCUCUGGCGGCAACGCCGCCGGCGUUGUCAUCGAUGUUGUUGACGGCGUCGCACUGAUAGCCGCCGCUGCAUUGCUCAUUUACAGACGAAAGCAGUAG